CUCUACAACUGGUUCCGGGGAAAGCCAAUCAUUUCAACAUAAAAAAAGGUGUCAGUUACAGCCAGAGAUAGGAUUUCGUGGAAUUUGCCUUUUUUCCUGGACAAUCUUACGACACUAUACCCUAAACACGUUUGACAUUCAACGGACUGUUUAAACCCCUUGUAGCCACAUGUGACAUUUCUAUACAAAAGCUGUACAAACUAUAUUUUUCUUUCUUUGUUAUGUUAUUUUUAAAUAUUGCUUAAUCAAAAUAGUAGGUACACCAUAUUUCUAAUCAAUAGCACCAUUAGUUUUUAAUUGGCAGUUAAUGUUGAAAGUUCGGUUCUUUUUUUAAAUAAAAAAUUUGUGUAAAAACUACGACAUUCAGAAAAAUAGUAAGAGUAAGAGUAUUCAUGCAACGGUGGUAAAUAUGGUAAACAAACAGGUCCAUCCCAUAUAAAAUUUUGACACAUUUACCACUUUAACAGGUUUACCAACGUUUCAUGAAUAUCCCUAGUUUUUCUGACCUCAUUUCUGAAGAAUUACACCGGUCAACAAGGUUUUUGCCACAAGAACCAAAAUAUACUUUUCUAGUAGUUUUUGGGGUACUGAAUCCGAAUCUGAAGUCAGAAAAAUUUGAUUGGCCUUCGUUUUUGAAAUAUUACCGUUAGAAAAUGUCAAAACGUAAUUUUGCCUGUUUUCAAGGUUAUGUUUUUAUGUGGAGUAAUUCAUUAUAAACAAAUUUGUAACGGUGCCUAUAAGAACUAGUUUUCUUCUUUCAAAAAAUGUUUAAAUCUUUCCGAUAUCUCUUUUAUUGCCCCAGAUAUUUAAAAUUUAAGUAGCGGUCUUUGAAUCAAAAACAACACUGGCCAACCAAAUUAAAUUUUUUUGCACAAGAAUCAAAAUAUACUUUUCUGAAGGUUUUUGGGUUGCUGAACUCGAAUCCACAAUCAGAAAAAAAAUAUCACCGUUAUAAAGUGCAACAAAAAGGGUUUUUUUUAUAACGGUUAUAUUUCUAGAACGAAGGCUAAUAGAAUUUUUCUGAUUGCGGAUUUGAGCUCAGCAACUCGAAAACCUUCAGAAAAGUAUAUUUUGGUUCUUGUGGCAAAAAUUCUGUGGCCACUGACUUAAACUUUAGAUUAAGUUUAGUUUCUCUUUGGCUUAUUAAAUUAAACUUAAGAUAUCUCGAGCAAUAAAAGAGAUAUCGGGAAAAUUUAAACAGUUUUUGAAAGAAGAACAUCGGUUCUUAUAAUAACCGUUACAAAUUUGUUUAUAAUGAAUUACCCCACAUAAAAACAUAACCUCGAAAACAGCCAAAAUUACGUUUUUUAGCAUUAUAUAACGGUAAUAUUUCAAAAACGGAGGCCAAUCAAAUUUUUCUGACUUCAGAUUCAGAUUCAGCACCCCAAAAACUACUAGAAAAGUAUAUUUUGGUUCUUGUGGCAAAAAAAAAGUUAAAUUUUGUUGACCAGUGUUAUUUAACCCAGAAAAACGAAAAUUUGGAUACAUUUCAAUUUAGAUUGAAAUGGCCGAAAAACAUGUGAGUAGGUAGGUACUAGUUCAACAAAUGGAACAACAACGUAAAGAACAAAAGGAUUAACAGAAAAAUCUUCUCGAACAAAUGGAGAAAGAACGUACCGAGCAAAGGAGUGAACAAGAAUGUGUUCUAGCAAAAAUGAAAAAAAUGGAAACACAGCAAAAGAAUCUUCUAGAUGAACAGAAAACCCUCACCGAAGCCAAUAUGGAUGCAAUUUGAGUUUAACAUUGAUUCGGUAUACUUUACGGAGCCAAGAAAUGUUCAAUACGUAAGAGUUUCUGAAGUUCGUUGAGGCCAGAUUUCAGACUCUAGAGGCCAUUAACCCAAAAGAUGGAGGAAGGAUGAAGUAUCAAAGCCUGGAUGUCACCAGCUGCGAUACUGGGAAAAAGUCAACCAUGGUCAUUGCGCCCAAGAGCGAUCAGGAACUAAUUUGUCAUUUCUGCAAUUCAAGUAAGCAUGGUAUAUACAAUUUCAAUAAAUUUUUGUCUCUUUCAGGUAUAGAACGAGGAAAAGCUGUCCAUAACCUGAUGUUGUGCAGGAAUUGUCUCAAGAAAGGCCAUUAUUCCCAAUCAUGUAUAGCUCGAAAAUGCCAAAAAUGCAACAUGCUCCACAACACGUUACUUCAUCAAUAUAAAAUAAAAAUCUCAAGAAAAAAGCAAGGGUCAGUGGGGUGAUAAAGUAUCUUCAAGCAACACUCCACACCAAUUAAACCAGGCAGUAAACCAGGCAGGAAACCAGGGCCCCUGUUCUGUAACUUUAUCACUGGCGAUAAACGUUUUUCAACGUCUUCAAAAUCAAUUUUCUUCCAUAAAUAAAGCAAAAUGUCUUUCAAAUUCAGAUAUUAUGAAUUAAUAAAUUAUGAUCUGGAACAAAAUUUGUUUUAUUUUGAUGAGAUUUAAUGGAUUUUAAAGUCAUUCAAAUAUUUUAUCGCCAGUGAUAAAAGUUACAGAACAUGGGCACAGGCAGGAAACUAGAUAGUAAACCAGACAGUAAAUAACGCAGCAGCAGAAACUCGUGUCCAGAAACCCCGCGUAUACUUAGCAACAGCAGUGGUCAAUGUGAUAUCUUCGUAUGGUGUACGCAUCCCAUGCAGAGCUCUUCUUGAUUCCGGAUCUCAGUUGAACUUUGUGACGACAUCGUUCAUUCAACAGAUGGGUAUUAAGAAGUAUCGUAAGGAUACCCCUAUCAGUCCGAGUUUGUGACAUCAAUUACAUUUGAAUCCAGAACCUCGGGGUAUGAAGCGAACCUCAUGGCCCGCUUUAGUGACUACCAGGCUUGCCAAGAAAUUGAUGUUUCUUUGUGGAAAAUUCCCAAUCACAUCCAACUUGCAGAUCCUUCAUUCUACAAGGCUAACCAAAUUGACAAGCUGUUAGGAGCUGAACUGUUCUUUGACCUGUUUAUAUCUGGAGAAUACAAGAUUUCAACAGAUCUUCCAACUUUACGUAAUACAAAGUUAGGUUGGGUUGUAGCAGGAGGCGUGUCAGCCUGAAAUUCAAAUUCAAAUACUCAUUGCCAUAUUGUAACGAAGCCAUCGUUGGACAAACUUGUUCGUUCAUUCUGGGAAACAGAAAGCCAUGACACUCCUAUUGAUGCUGAAACCGAGGAAAAACAUCAGUGCGAAGAACAUUUCAAGAAGAACACCACAAUUAAUUCCGAAGGACUACCGAAAGUCACUGCCUGUGUUUCCAUGAUAGAAACAACGCCCAAUAGCUCUUUUACUUAUUAAAAUCAUUUAAUAUAAAUAUACAUCCAAAAAUGGGUGAGCGUGAAAGCUUGAAUACUGGGGAACUCCGAAAUGAAGCGCAACUGGAAAAAACCACUACACCAAGAUGUUCGUCGCCAUCAAAAAUUAAAAACACUUCAAGUGCGAAUGAGUCUGCUAACAAUAAUACUCCCAAAGAAACGGAAUCCCCAUCCAGCUCUGUGUCACAAAAUGCCCUUAGUAGUUCUAAAAUUGAUGACGGACAGACACCCUCCGUAACAAAACCCGUCAACACCAAUAACAUAGCAUCAGGCGGAACUUCUGUUGCGGGAUCAAAUGCUUCAUUGAUGAAAGGUCCAGUAAAUGGGUCAGUUGUUGGUAAUAGUUCUGGUGGUGGAAAUGCAUCUAUUUCUGUUGGCAGUUCUACGUUUAGCAGCAAUACUACAACUACGGUUGCCAAAACUAAAGGCCCAAUACGCGUUGGAUUUUAUGACAUCGAAAAAACAAUUGGGAAAGGCAACUUUGCAGUUGUAAAACUAGCUCGUCAUCGAAUAACUAAAAAUGAGGUGGCUAUUAAAAUAAUUGAUAAAUCGCAGUUAGAUACAAGUAACUUACAAAAAGUUUACCGUGAAGUAGAAAUAAUGAAGCGAUUAGAUCACCCACAUAUAAUCAAAUUAUACCAGGUCAUGGAAACAAAAAAUAUGAUAUACAUCGUUUCUGAAUAUGCUAGUCAAGGAGAAAUUUUUGAUUACAUAGCUAAAUGUGGUCGAAUGUCAGAACAUGCGGCUAGGAUGAAGUUUUGGCAAAUUUUGUCAGCGGUAGAAUAUUGUCAUAACCGAGGUAUUGUGCAUCGAGAUCUAAAGGCUGAAAAUCUACUUCUGGAUUCAAAUAUGAAUAUUAAAAUAGCAGAUUUUGGAUUUUCUAACAUGUAUAAAAUUGGUGAAUUAUUAUCUACUUGGUGUGGAUCACCUCCUUAUGCAGCUCCAGAAGUAUUUGAAGGAAAAAAAUAUACUGGUCCUGAAAUUGAUAUAUGGUCCCUGGGAGUCGUAUUAUAUGUCCUAGUAUGUGGAGCUCUCCCCUUUGAUGGCUCAACGCUACAAUCUUUAAGAGAUCGGGUUUUAUCCGGUAGAUUUCGAAUUCCUUUUUUUAUGUCUUCAGAAUGUGAACACCUUAUUCGAAAAAUGUUGGUUUUGGAACCCACCAGGCGUUAUACGAUCGAACAAAUAAAACAGCACCGUUGGUUAGUGACGGAAGCCAUAGACAUUUCGUACCUUAGCGAAUACCCUAUACAAUUUGGUGGUACAUCCAAUGUUGAACCUAACGAAGAUAUUCUUCGCUUGAUGUCAGAAUAUGCUGGAAUUGAUCCAUUGAAGACCAGAGAGAGUCUUAAAAAAAACUGUUAUGAUCACAUUGCUGCCAUUUACUUGUUACUUCAGGAUCGCGUUAGAACAAGAUCAUCGCCUCAGGAUAGCACUAAUUAUAAUCCAAAUCAAAAAAAUUCCAAACACCCUCUUAGUACAACUGCAACUUCGACUGAAUCUCAGCGUCGUCGCCCAAGUACAAUUGCAGAGCAGGCUCUACGGAAAUUGGCACUGAGUGGAGCUGGUCCUAACUUAGGCAAUAGUUUUUACGGGAGAGAAACGCCAAUAUCCCCAAGACAUCACCAAAAAUCCCAACAACAACAAAACCACCAAUAUGUUUUGUCUGCAGACCGUGCAAACUGUUCAGCUAGUGUACUUUUAAGCAGCACUUCAUCGUGCUAUAACGAUCAUGGUAUCCCGUUGCUGCGAGAGGCAAUAAUCAGGGAUCAGGUUUCACCUGCCCCUAGUCGUUGUAGUAAUGUAAAACAGUUGCAAAGAGGCUCAUAUCUGUACAAUAGCACAAAUAGCAACAAUCAUUGCCAUAACAGCAGCAAUAAGCUAUCAAGUGCAACAACAUCAGCUUUUUUAGCUCGCGAACGAGAAUGUAGCUCCCCUUAUUCUGUGAGUUCAAAUCAUGGCUUGAGAGAAAAUAAUGCAUUCGCUAUGCGAGAUCCAUUAUGUAAUCGAUUGGCAUGUAAUUUGGAUCAAAGAAUCCUGAAGCAAAGCUCAGAUGACUGUCGCCGGUUGUUACGUCAGGCUACUGCCAUUUCGGAUCCUUCUCGACAUUUUUCGACAUUAGAGCCUGGCCGUCAAUCUUCGUCAUCAUCUGUAGUGGGAAGCACUGGUCAGUCAAGGAGUUUGACUCUGUCAAAUAGCUUUGACUCAAAGUCCAAUUUGUCAAAUAAUUUCCCUAUGGGAUUUCAAAUGUCAGCAGAAGCAACGAAACUAUUUUAUACACUUCAACAAAGUCCUCUUCCCGAAGUAUGUGAUAUUGGGCCACGUCAUCAGGAAUCAUCACGGUUUUUAUCGCCAAAUCAAGUAUAUCAGACACACUUGCAUGGAACCAGUACUGAGCAGCAGAAUUCUAUUCGAAAUUGUGAUAUUGAAAGUUCGGGAAAGGAUAAGAAAAAUAGUGAAGUUUCACGUAAUUACUCUCAAAAAGACUACCAUAACAGUGCUCCACCGAAUUCAUUUAUAACGUAUAAUCAUAACUGCUCAAGUGAUAGCGCUGGAAUAAAUAAACACACGAAGCAUAAUCAAAUAACACCACAAUAUAGCUCCAGCACGGAUGAAGGAUGUGAAACUGAUCAUGGAUGUGAUAUCAAAGAAAUGGACGAAGCUCAAUCCACAGUUCCGAUGCCUUCUAUGCAGCGAUUAAAUUCAUACGCAAGUAGCAGUUCCUCAAGCGGUGUAGUUGCUAACUUUUAUUCCAAAAGUUUAAGCCAGAAUCUUAGUUGUGGCUCUUCACGUAGUAAUUUUUCAACACUUGAGAGCCUGGACUUGAACUUAUCCAACUGUAGUGAUUUAGCCGGAAGCCUACCAUCAUGUGUAUCAAGUGCAAAAACCAUUAAUGAAAAUGAUAAUCCUUCAGUAGCUAGAUCUUCGUCCAUUCUUCCAAAUGUGUAUGUUUCAAUGUCUUCAAAGUCUCCGUGCUCAUUUUCUCGUCAGAAUCAAUUAACAGCGCACCACCAACAUGGAACUAGGAGGUGUAGAGCCAUAACGAGAUCCCCUGUUGAUUUUCGAGAAGGCCGACGUGCAAGUGAUGGUCUAGUGGCACAAGGAAUAAUUCACUCUUAUUCUGAUUAUCCGGUUAAUUCAAUGGUUGCAUUUAAUAGUCAACGUCUUCACGAAGCCUAUAAAACCAAAGGUGUUCUUGAGCUUCAUGUUUUACAAAAGGAAGCAGCCCAACUUAAGACCCAAUAUCAAUCAAAUGUACCACCUGAUGAGAUGACAGUCCGACAAAUACAACACAGUCAAUUUCAUGUCAACCCGAAUAAAGCAACAGAUUUAAAUCAACUUCAUCAUCACCACCAUGCGCCAUCAAUAAAGCAAUGUGACUAUUUCGCUUCCUCAGUUAAAAAUUCAGAAGUUGUUUCUUUCUUAAAUUACGUAAAAGGUGAAGAAGCAGCUGGUUCAAGAGCGGAGCGUGAGCUUUUGCAAACGCCUAAUAUGAAUCAAAUGCAAAAGCCACCCCUUCAACAACAAUUGAUGCAACAUAGACUACUACAACAGAAAAGACAGAUUUUUCAAAAGCAAGUAGCACUAGAGGCAAGCUUAUCGCGGCGACAAAUUUUGCGACAACAAAGUUAUAAGAUUGCGCAACAAACUCAAAUUUUGCCACCACUUCCACUGAGUGAUAUUGAAUCAGAAGAUUUACUUGCGUUUCAGGCAGUUGUUGAAGGAACUCCCGGAUCUGGAUGUCACUCACCAAACCAAUCUGUUACCGGAUCGCCAAAAGUUGUAAUAAAAACGUCCCAUAUUCAGCAACAGCCACAUGACGGAUGUAAUCUUUCAUCAUCUGGACGAAGAAGUAACUCACAACUUGCACCACCAUCAGCCGCUGCACCAAUAGGAUCACCUGCUGACUGUUGGAGCGCACUUCCAGGAUCUAUGCAAACAUGUCAGAUAACCGAUCAGUUUCAAUCCAUCGAAAAUUGGAACCCAAACCCUUCUCAAUUGUUUCAGAGCUCAACAUCGAAUCUGUACGGACAAAAUUGGUCACACUUAAGUACUCCGAUUCCAAAUUUGAUGAAACCACUUAGUGAGAGUCCUAUAUUAGAAUUAGCUGAGCAAAUGGAAUCAAUUUAAAUCAAUCAGUUUAUAACAUAAAAAUAUAACACAUUUGAAUCGAAAAUUAAAAAAAAAGAACAAAUUAUACAAACUUUUUUAAAUACAAGAUAAAAAUCUUAAACAAAAUAGCAAUUUCAUAUUUGUAUUUAAAAUACUAUCGACACAUAAUAUACACAUAAACCUAUAUUGUAAGAAAUAUCCAUAACAAUUAUUAAAUUAAGAAAAAAAAAAACUAAAAUACAUUCAACUUGUCAAGACUGUUAAAUUAGUCAAUUCAAUAAACACAUAAAUAAAUAAUUUACUACCACCCAAGUAUUUAUAUCAUAAACAUUUACAUAACAUCAUAUACAUACAUACAUAUUAUAUAGAAAAAAAUUUAAAAAAAAAGUACAGUGCCCCAGUUUGGCUUCGGAAUCCAACGACUAUUAAAAAUAUAUUAUUGAUUCUUGAACUUUUUGGAUCUAAUCCGAAGGGCAUAAGCAGUAGUGUACGUUUAUAAGAAACUUCAAAAGUCGUGUUGUGAAAUAUUUUUCUUUAAUCAGUGUUUAUCUUAUAAAUGUGUUUCUUAUAAGUGUAGCAUACUGUUUAAAUUAUCUAGACAUAUAGGAAUAUGAUUUUGGAAAAAAUAAUUAAACGUAUCCGUAAUAUUUAUAGAAUUUAAAAAAAAUCAAUUGUGAUUGGAUUCCGAACUUUGCGUGUUAAAGAAAGUUUA